AUGACUGACAGUUCCAGAUCAGAGUCUCCUGUCGAGAAAGUGAAAGUAUUUGAAGUGCAGGCUGUUGAAGGCCAUGAGUUGUCCGUUCAUGACUACAUUGCAGAGACCAGGCCCUGGUACAAGGUGCAUCAUUUGAGAAGGUUGUCGUGGGUCAUCUUCUUGAUCACCAUCACUUCCACCAACAACGGUUACGAUGGUUCGAUGUUGAACGGUUUGCAGUCUUUAUCCCAUUGGCAGUCUGCCAUGGACCACCCAGCCGGCCAAAAACUUGGUGCCUUGAGCAAUGGUGCUUUGUUUGGUGGUAUUGCUGCUCUUCCUUUUGCUCCAUUCUUGGCUGAUCGCUUCGGAAGAAGAUUCGUACUUGUUUUUGGACAAUCACUUAGUAUAAUUGGUGCUAUUUUGCAAGGUGUUUCCAAUAGUUACGGUUUUUUCUUGGGCUCGAGAAUUCUUCUUGGUUUUGGUUCUGGCGUGGCCACAAUAGGCUCUCCUACUUUGAUUUCCGAGUUGGCUUUCCCCACUCACAGGGAAGUAUCCACAUUUGUGUACAGCAUCUGUUGGUAUUUGGGUGCUGUCUUAGCUGCUUGGGUGACUUAUGGAACAAGAACCAUUGACGGAAAUGCUUCGUGGAAAAUUCCAUCCUACUUGCAAGGUGCAUUCCCACUUAUUCAGAUCUUUUUUUGCUGGAUGAUCCCCGAAUCUCCGAGAUUCUACGUCGCGAGAGGAAAAUUUGAGAAAGCAAGACAAGUUUUGUGUAACCAUCAUAUUGGUAACUCACAGGACCCAAGAGAUAUUGCAUUGGUCGAGUUUGAGUUGAAAGAAAUUGAGAGCGCGUUAGAGCAGGAAAAGCUUCAAGCCAAUACUUCGUACCUUGACUUCGUUAACAAGAAGAAUUUCAGGAAAAGAGGAUUUUUAGUUGUGAUGGUUGGUGCAAUGAUGCAACUAUCCGGUAAUGGUUUGGUCUCCUACUACUUGGUAAAAGUUUUAAUUUCUAUUGGUAUCACUCAGGAGAAGAAGCAAUUGCAAAUUAACGGAUGCUUAAUGAUCUACAAUUUUGUCAUCUGUCUCACAUGUGCGUCCCUUGUUCGCUACUUGAAAAGGAGAACCAUGUUCAUUACUUGUAUAUCGGGUAUGAUGUUUUCGUAUGUGAUUUGGACAAUUUUAUCUGCUAUCAACCAGCAAAGAGACUUUAAGGAUAAGUCUUUAGCUAAUGGAGUCCUCACAAUGAUCUUCUUCUACUACUUGUUCUACGACGUCGGCUUAAACGGCUUGCCUUACUUGUACCUCACAGAGAUCUUGCCUUACUCCCACAGAGCAAAGGGUAUCAACCUCAUGCAAUUCGUCAUGUUUGCUGCUUUGAUCUACAACGGUUAUGUCAAUCCAAUUGCUAUGGAUGCCAUCGAAUGGAAGUAUUAUAUUGUCUACUGUUGCAUUCUUGCGGUUGAGCUUCUCAUUGUUGUUUUCACAUUUCCAGAGACAUCUGGUUACACUUUGGAAGAAGUGGCACAAGUUUUCGGUGACCAAGCACCCGAACUCACCAACAGACAUCUUGAUACUGUUGCAGCACACAAGCAUUCCUUGGAGCAUGUUGAAGAAGUUUGA